AUGUCGAUGUCGAAGAGUUCGAAGAUGCUCCAGUUCAUCAACUACAGGAUGCGAGUGACGAUCCAAGACGGAAGGCAGCUGGUUGGGAAGUUCAUGGCGUUCGACCGCCACAUGAAUCUCGUUCUCGGCGACUGCGAGGAGUUUCGCAAGCUUCCACCGGCGAAAGGGAAGAAGAUCAACGAGGAGCGAGAAGAUCGCCGCACGCUUGGCUUGGUGCUUCUCAGAGGUGAAGAGGUCAUCUCCAUGACAGUCGAAGGACCUCCUCCUCCAGAAGAAUCUCGUGCUAAAUCUGGCGGAGGAGCUGCCGUCGCUGGUCCAGGAAUCGGCCGUGCUGCUGGACGCGGUGUACCAACAGGUCCGCUAGUUCAAGCUCAGCCUGGGCUUUCAGGUCCGGUUCGUGGAGUCGGUGGACCAGCUCCGGGGAUGAUGCAGCCUCAGAUCUCUCGUCCUCCGAUUAUCCGACCUCCGGGACACAUGCUUCCGCCGCCUCCAGCUUUUGGUCAAGGUCCUCCGAUGGCACGUGGUCCUCCUCCGCCCUACGGCAUGAGGCCACCACCGCAGCAGUUUCAAGGACCACCGCUACAGUACGGGCAAAGGCCGAUGGUUCCUCCUCCCGGUGGUAUGAUGAGAGGCCCUCCUCCACCACCACAGAGGCCUGGGAUGCAGGCGCCUCCUCCACGCCCUGGAAUGCCUCCUCCUCCUGGGGGUUUUGCUCCACCGCGUCCUGGCAUGCCACCACCGCCACAUAACCAGCAGCAGUGA